UUUUAUUCUUCUUCCCCAGAGCUGACAGCUGUGGAUAUCACAUGUAAAAAGAUUGUCAGCAGUGUCACAUACUCCAGCCAUCACCGCAUUCAGAAAUACUACUGUGCUUUUAUCAAAAACAAACCACGAUAAGAAGAGGUCUGGGUACGUUGUUUCUCAUUUAUUCAUCUACCAUGGAGUCCCAGUCGUCACCUUUUUAUAGAGGCGAAGAAGGCCACAUUUUACAAAUUGACGAGGAACUAGUGCGUAGAGGACCCCGUCGCAAAAGGGAGUUUAUACCUGAGGAGAGGAAGGAUGCCCUCUACUGGGAGAAACGUCGUAAGAACAACGAGGCAGCCAAACGCUCACGGGAGAAGAGAAGGAUGAAUGACUAUGUGCUGGAGACUCAUCUCAUGGCCAUGAAAGAAGAAAAUGCCAGGCUCAGUGCUGAAUUAAUGGCCAUUAAGGUGCGCUUUGGCCUAAUCCACCCUGCAGCCUUCACUGCUCACCACGUCAACCAACUGCAACCCCAUGUCCACAGCAGCACCCAACCUAUCACUGCCACUAGCACGCACCACCAGUCCCUGCAAAGGGACUACAACUGGGGUGGCAGAGAGUCUUCCGUUAUACAACAACCACCUCACCCUGUCUUCAUUCCUGCAUAUGCCUUCCACACAACGAGAGGCUAUUCAUAUUUGAACAUGUCUGGAAAAACUGGACCUGGCCUCCUCCCUCCACUUGGCAUUCCUCAAAAUCUCUUUCCCCCGCAUUUGUCCCCUCCCGGAGCUCAUCUACUGAAACCCAUUCCUACGAGAGCUGCCUCAGAUGAGGAUGAGGAGCAGCAGGUUCCGGGGGUGUUGUCCCGAUCCUGCCCUGCUCCACCUCGCAAAAUCUCCUCCAGAGUCAGAAACUACUCUCCACCAAGACAAUACAUGUCCAACUGACUGUCCAAUAGAAAAGGGUUCAUGUACUGUACAAAUUGAAUGACUGAAAAACAUUUUCUUUAUUUCUCUUCACUUACGGUCAAAUGUUUCUGCUGACACUGUAAGAGCUCUUUUGCUGUGAAAUCAGGGCGCAUAUAAACUUUCACACCGGUGAUAGACCAAUACUCGGCCCUGGCCGAUUAUCAGGCCAUUUAUUGCCAGUUUGCACAUUAUCUGUAAAAAGUGUGCUACUCAGGCACCGCUACAGCUCUGUGUCUGUCACUCACCACUGAGUCCAAUUUAAUGUCCCGCCCACAACUCUGACUGACUAUCUAUUACUGUGUAUAAUGUUAAAAGUUUGUAAUUAAUUAAAUAAUUGCUUACAGUAUCUAAACAAAGUUUGUGUUGGAUUUUGUUAUAUUCCAAAAUCUUAAAUUUUCACUGUAUAUGCAUAACGGUUCCAAAUCCAAAUCGGUUUCGAUUUUAUUAACUGCUAAUUAUCGGUAUCGCCCUUGAAAAACCAGUGUCGGUCAAUGCCUACUCCCCGCUCUGCACUUUUUGUAUCACAGCGCACAUUGAUGGUUCUAUGUUGGAUGAUGAUCAUUCACACUAUAGCCAUAUGAAGAACAUUUUUCCCUUAAACAAGUCAGUAGGUGUCUGAAUAGAUUACAUUCAUGUUUAAGUUCACAGCAUGCCCUGCUGUGCCACAAAAAUAGAGCUCUGAAGCUACUUCUCUGUGUGUGCUCUUAAGUCAAUGUUGAGUAAAGGUUCAACUUUGGGUUAUAAAUAAGAUAACAAUACCAACUGAUCUCAGCUAACCAGUCUCUCUUCAGAACACUGAUAACAAUGUAACCACUUAAAGAAGCAAAGCCAUGGGUCCUCUUUUUACAUGUAUGAACUGCGACAGAACUAGAUGUGUCCUAUGUCAUUGUGCUUUGUUUGAUAAACAUUUUUCAGUGCUAAUGUACAUCUUUUACCAUUA